AACGGUUUUAACGGCGAACCCUCAAACCACGCGGUGGCUAAAGUCGGCCGCGCAUCAAUGCUCUACACCAAGGUUAAACAUACUGCAAUCACUAACUCGGUCUACAUAUCUAAAACCUAGCCAGAAGCCCGACGGCACAACUCCCCGAAGAUUUGCUUCUCAGUGCUGACAAGUUUGCACCCAAAAAUGGCUCCACUCUGUCGAUCACUUGCUCUCGCAGUUCCACCACGCUCUCCCCCACGCCCAUUUCCGGCUGCAGCGAGCGAGGGAACCGGCACACUCGCACACUCGCACGCGCCUCGCGCUCGCCGGUCCCCACCGUUAGGACCCUUGCCGCAGGCCGAGCAGAAGGGCAACGCCGUGAUUCACAACAUGGGCAUGCACUGCGGCCAGGGGGUGGACAGGCGUUUGGCUGGCUCGCUCGGUGCUGAACAGCGGCGUGGUGGAGUCAAGAUGCGACUGCAACGCCAACAGCAGCACCGGUUUGCUCUCCAGAUCAGCCCGGGCGCGGAUCAUCGCGAGGGCGACAAAAGCUUAAAGAGCACAGAUCGGCAUGGCUUUGCCGACGGUUGCAGUGACGAGUUUGACGGCCGAGUAUUGUCGCUCACCAUCGUCAUCAUCCCGAUCUCUCGUCGUCCGCGUAGAGCACAGUACGCCUUCAUCAGUCAAGAGAAUCGCAAUACGAGUGAAUUUAAUCAGCCCCUAUUUCGACAUGGGACGUGGGGCGGAGCCAAAAAUGACUGCCCAUAUUACCUAUCCCAGGUUCCCCGGACUGGCCAGUGCGCGGCCGGGGGUUGAUGACCCGCGAGGUCGCGCCUCCAACCCCUGGUCAUUUCAAUACCGAGAGCAAAGUUGGGAUGGCAUCAAACCUGAGGCGGCAGCCACGCGACAGCUCGGGCGCGGGGUGGCUCAACACCCAUCGAAUCAGAGACCAUUUUUUGACCACGCCUCCGAUGACGUUGAAUCAGUCAGCCUUAACAGUCGGCUGGUGG